AUGAGGGCGGCCGACGCGCGGCAGGAGGCGGCGGUGCGGGAGCUGCUGCGGCGGCUGCUGGGGCCCCGGGCGGCCGCCGGCUUCGCCGUCUCGGUGAACCGCUCGCUGGCGGCCGGCGGGCUGGACACCUACCGGCUCAGCUCCCCGCGCGGGGCCGCGGAGCGGGUGCGGGUGGCCGGGUCCAGCGGGGUGGCCGCCGCCACCGGCCUCUACCGCUACCUGCGGGAGCUCUGCGGCUGCCACGUGUCCUGGUCCGGGGCGCAGCUGCGGCUGCCGGACCCGCUGCCGGCGGUGCCCGGGGUGAUCAGCGCCACCAGCCCCAACAGGUUCCGCUACUACCAGAACGUCUGCACCCAGAGUUACUCCUACGUGUGGUGGGACUGGCCUCGCUGGGAGAGAGAGAUCGACUGGAUGGCACUCAACGGCAUCAACCUGGCGCUGGCGUUUACUGGGCAGGAGGCUGUUUGGCAGCGGGUGUAUCUGUCCUUGGGCCUGAACCAGUCUGAAAUAGACGAGUACGUCACCGGGCCUGCCUUCCUCGCCUGGAACCGUAUGGGGAACCUGCACGCCUGGGCGGGGCCCUUGCCUCUGUCCUGGAACCUAAAGCAGCUGUACUUGCAGUACAGGAUCCUGGAGAGGAUGCGGUCGUUGGGAAUGAUCCCGGUGCUGCCGGCGUUCGCGGGGCACGUCCCCAGGGGUGUCUUGAGGGCUUUCCCUCGAAUAAACGUCACUCGGCUUGGGAGCUGGAGCAACUUCGACUGCACGUACUCGUGUGCCUACCUCCUGGACCCCGGAGACCCCAUGUUCCAGGUGAUUGGGACCCUGUUCCUGAAGGAGCUGAUCAGAGAGUUCGGCACGGAUCACAUCUACAAUGCAGACACCUUCAAUGAGAUGUGCCCCCUUUCCUCCGACCCUGCCUACCUCUCGGGGGUCAGCGCUGCCGUCUUCAAAUCCAUGACCGCAGCUGACCCUGACGCGCUCUGGCUCAUGCAGGGCUGGCUCUUCCAGCACCAACCUGACUUCUGGCAGCCGGCCCAGGUGCGGGCCCUGCUGCGCGGCGUGCCCACUGGCAGAAUGAUCGUGCUGGAUCUCUUUGCGGAGUCCAAGCCCGUGUACCAGCGGACAGAGUCCUUCUAUGGGCAGCCCUUCAUCUGGUGUAUGCUGCACAACUUCGGCGGCAACCACGGCCUCUUCGGCAUGAUGGAGAGCAUCAACCGGGGUCCCUUCGACGCCCGGCGGUUCCCCAGCUCCACCCUGGUGGGCACCGGCCUGGCCCCGGAGGGCAUCGAGCAGAACGACGUGGUCUAUGAGCUGAUGAGCGAGCUGGGCUGGCACCAGGAGCCGCUUGACCUCCAGCAGUGGGUUGCCAAUUACGCUGAGCGGCGCUACGGCACCAGGAAUGCAGAGGCCGCCGGCGCCUGGCAGCUGCUGCUCCGCAGUGUCUACCACUGCUCGGGGCCCUGCGUCAACCACAACCACAGCCCACUGGUGCGCCGCCCAUCCCUGCGCAUGGCCACGGAGCUGUGGUACAACAAGAGCGACGUCUACGAGGCCUGGCGCCUGCUGCUGGGCGCUGCUGCCGAGCUGGGGGCCAGCCCCACCUUCCGCUACGACCUGGUGGACGUGACCCGGCAAGCCGUGCAGCAGCUGGUGAGUGAGUACUACCUGGAGAUCAAACAAGCCUUUGAGAGCCGCUCGCUGCCGGAGCUGCUGACUGCUGGCGGGGUGUUGCUGUACGACCUGCUUCCGGAGCUGGACGGCCUCCUGGCCAGUGACCCCCACUUCCUGCUGGGCCGCUGGCUGGAGCAGGCUCGGGCCACAGCCACCAGUGACAGGGAAGCCGAACUGUACGACCUGAACGCCCGCAACCAGGUGACGCUGUGGGGGCCCAACGGCAACAUCUUGGACUACGCCAACAAGCAGCUCGGGGGGCUGGUGCUGGACUAUUACCGGGUGCGCUGGAGCCUCUUUGUCUCGGCGCUGGUGGAGAGCCUGAACACCGGCACCCCCUUCCACCAGGAGCAGUUCAACCAGGCCGUCUUCCAGCUGGAGAGGGGUUUCGUCUACAAUGGCAAGCGCUACCCCUCCCAGCCAGCCGGCAACACGCUGGAGAUCGCCAGGAAGAUCUUCCUCAAGUAUUAUCCCCACGCCAUGCGGCGCGGCCGGGCAGGGGCUGCGUGAGGGCCGGCGGCUCUGCGUCACAGGGACCUUCCAGGGAUGGGAUGGCGUCUCUGCGGCUGGCCCGGUCUCUUCCACACCGGAGAUGCUGGUGCCCCCAGCUUCUGUGUCUCCCCCUCUCCCCCCCCAAAGCCUCUGCCAGAGCCUGAACCAAGGCCAUGGACCCAAAGGGAAACCGAGCAGGUAGCCUCGUGCUGCGUGUGAGCGACGCUGCCAUGUGGGCGGGAGCAGGACCGGGCUGGACCUGCCCAUGGAGCGCAGUGAGCUGGGGAAUGAGCUCCUGAGGAAAGGACUAGAGGGACUGAUCCUGCACUGGCCCUCAGGGCGCUGGGAUGCUCUGACCUGACCCGUGUCUCCUUGCGGCUUGGAGACUGAUCCCAGCAUCUGGGGGAGGCAGCUGGAUUGCGGGGCAGAGGGUGGAUGAGGCCUGCUGGAGGGGCAGGCAGGACAGAGGCUGAGAAUGCUGAUCCCUUCGGGCAGGGGAUUCGCAGGAGGAGGCAGGGACAGACAUUGGGAUACCGUGGUGCUGGGUGCAGACCUGAAAUGGGCACAUGUGGGUAGUGCCCCCUUGUAGGUGAUGCCCUCGCUACUAUAGGCUGAAAAACAACCAGGGCAGUUUCCCCGCCACUGGCAGCUCCAGGGAUUUGGGAGCUCUGAGGAGGGAAUCGGUUCUGAACAGGUUGAGGGGCAGGACAUGCAGCGGGACCCUCCCAAGCUCUCGGUCCGGGGAGGGGAGUUUAACACACUGCUAUUCAGGGCUCUAAAGAACAAAAAUCAGGGAGGCCGGAAAGCUCCAAUCCUGCUGCUUUGGUGCCAUUGCAAAGUGUGCGCUGCGGCCGGCUCCCUGCGUAUCUCAGCCCCUGCCCAGGCUAGGAGGAGGCACUGCAUCGCCCGCAGCUCCCAUCUGUCCCUGGCUAGGGGUGCUGCCUCAACUUAUCCUGUUCCCCCUUUGCCCCCCUCGCCCCCGAAACUGCCUCCCAGCCCCCUGGCUGUUCCAAGGGCUGGCCCCACUCCUCUUCCCACAUGCCCUCGGCGUUGGUCUCAGAACAGCGGCUCACCCACAUGGGGUUAUUCCUAGUGCCAGGGCCUGUCCAGAUGGGGGCCGGCUCCCCACUCUGUGCUCCCGUGUGCCUUUGGACUAAACAGAAACAGACAUUGGGAAUAUAUUUUUACAAGGACAGUAUAUUUUUACACCAGGGACCCCCCUCUCGCCCCCCCUUCCCGCACCAGCAUGUGAGCUCUCAAGCAGAACUGGCAAGUGUCUGAGUUCCACCUUGCACCUGGUUCCGGUCGCUGCCAGCCUCUCUGGCUCUGGGGAGUGAGGGCUGCCACCGGAGUGUGGCUCUGGGAUGCAAUGGGAGUCUCUCUCUUUUAGCCAAAUGAUUUUUAUAUGCUUGUGUACGUUGGUUUGAACUGGCAGCACUUUUUGGAGACUGAUGCCCGGACUGUGCAUGCCAAUUAAAGACCUGGAGUCCAUUCAUUCUGCA